GAAAAAAGUCCUCGUGUAAGCAGGUGCCCACAGGACCUCUGAGAACGGGCAUGUGUUAUGACACUGAGACAUGGCGAAGUAUCAGCCUGACACACAGGCGGCUCAGAGGACACCUUCUUGCUCUGUGUUGUUAGAGGAUGUGUAGAUUUAACUCCAGUUCCCGCUGCUGUGCUGAGUGACAAGGCCAGGUAAAGGUGAACUCGGGCCAGAUGGAGCAGAGAAGGCUGAUACAGUACCCAACACACCUGCUGGGACAGGCUAGCAACUCUUUCUGCCAGAAGGAAGACCCAUUCGAUAUGCUGGAGACAGUAAACACUCACCAUCCAGGGCCCAGCAGGGAGGAGACGGUCCCGCCGAGCUGGGGGAGUGUGUCAUCUUCAGAGACGGAGACCUGUAUUGGCGAUGGGAAAGUCUGACAUAUGACUACAAAGGAGCUAAACAAGAAGGGCCAUUUACCAAACCAGGAGGAACAAAAGGGCUAAAGGAUGAACUCAGGGAAGUGAGGGAAGAGCUGAAGGAAAAAAUGGAGGAGAUAAAGCAGAUAAAGGAUGUAAUGGACAAGGAUUUUGAUAAACUCCAGGAAUUUGUGGAGAUUAUGAAGGAAAUGCAAAAGGAUAUGGAUGAGAAGAUGGAUGUUUUAAUAAAUAUACAGAAGAACAGCAAGUUUCCGUUUAGGAGAGGACUGAAGAUGCAGCAAGAACUCAGGCUGAUAGGAAAGACAGACGCAGAUCCACAGCUCCAGCUCAGGAAAAUGGAUGGAGUUGGUAGAGCACCACUCUCUCUUCAGAAAAAGAUGGUGGCACUGCAACAACAAAAAGACCCAAUGGAUUCCCUUCACCAAUGCGACUCCUGCUUUGAGAAACGUUUGUUGUGUACCCCACAGAACAACUACAAUCAGGGGCAGAGAAAGAUGGCCCAGGAAGGACCCUUAAGAACAGAGACAAAACCAGAUCCUGACUUGGGAAUCUCUCCAGAACCUUGGACUGCCCAGGGCUCCUGCAGCGUGCCCCAGCCUGCCCUGCCCAUCAUGGUCACCGUGAUCCAGGAAUUUAUACCCUCCACUCCCCGUCCACACCCCCAGGCCUGCAGCUGCCCUUGUCAGCUCAGUGUUGGCAGCUGAGUCAUCCAUUAAACUAACACACGCUGACAUGCAGCAGGUUGGUCCUCCCAGGGACAUUGUGCGUCUUUUCAAGAAGACCCAACCAAAUCCACCUCUAAGUGGUAGAUUCCCAGACAGUGGGCUGAAAAGACAUGACAACUUCAGGCUGUUUGUGUCAGGGGUGGUAUUCUGGAAACAAAGCCAGAACACCUGUUUGGGGAGGGUGGGGUGGUCUCACACAAUCUCUUAGAGGAGCUGGCAGGAGGGACUUCCGGUGGGGGUGCUGGUAUGGAAAUGUCAUUGGCAAGUCAAGGAUUUGCAGGUCAGUGAUACAUCUCUGAGCAGUUUUCAGUUUUGUGACUGUGACUGUGUGUGUGUGUGUGCAUACGCAUGUGUGCUGGGACAAUACCAGAGAGAGAAGUCUGCAGGGCUGGAUGCAGGAGAACCACUGAGGCAGGAGCAGGGUCCUCCCAGAGCUGGGGCCUCACUGUGGUUGACGGCAGGCUUGGACUCUGCAAGGGCCACCUCGCAGGAGUGCCUCCCAGCGGAGUGCGCUCUGAAGAUCUUGACCGCAGAACAGGAGGCUGCAUUUCCCACUGCCCCGUCCUGACUGCCUGCUUGUGGGAGACCUGCUCAGACAGUCCGGCCUCUCUGGAAGCCUGGGCUUUUCCAAAGGGACUGCUGGUGGGAGGUAAGUGGACAUCCAAGGGGCGGGAGGGACGGUGACAGGACCAUGGCCAAGGCAGACUCCCCCACGGCAGCCACUGGCCCUGCUGCAGGCGUCACCAGGGUGCUUGGCGCUGAAGCUGUCCUUCGGGAUGAAUCUUGGGCAUCGGACACGUGGCUUCCCUGCUUCAGCUGCCCACCCCCAACCCUGGGGCCUCCCGGAGGAUCCCAAGUCAGGGUUUGCUGUUGCUCUGAAAGGGCCCGCUGGCUGCACAGGAAGUGAGGAAGACUGUUUGCUCACCAGGCCUGGGUACAGCAGGAGAAAGUGAUAUGUGUCCACACAGAAGGAUUUAAAGCUGAUGUAAAGCCCUGCCUGGUUCACCAUGCCUUUGGUAAGGCUGCUCUCACCACAGGGCACGUUCCCCACCCGCCCCCCAUUCUACUUCUCAAAGCCCCAGCCGUUGGUAGUGACAGAGGUAAACUAGAGGUUCAAGGGAGGGUUCUAGAGUGGUGAUAAUUUCCUAUUCUUGACCUAGGUGGUGGUGAUAUGGGUGUGUGCUGUGUAUAAACAUUUAUUCAUCAAACCGAAGAUGCUAGAUGGUAUUGCUGCUUUGGAAAACAGUUUGGCAGUUCCUCAAAAAGUUAACAUAGAGUUACCACUAUGAUCCAGCAAUUCCACUCCUAAGUAUAUACCCUGAAGAAUUGAAAAUAUAUGCCACACACAUACACACAAAAUGUGUGCAUCAAUAUUUAUAGCAGCAUGAUUCAUAAUAGCAAGUGUUCAUCAGCUGGUGAUGAUUAACAAAAUGCGAUCUGUCCAUACCAUGGAAUAUUACUCAACUAUAAAAAGCAAUAAUGUACAGAUACAUGCCAUGACAUGAGUGGACCUUGAAAACAUGAUGCUCAGUGAAAGAAGCCAGUCACAAAGGACUACAUAUAGUAUGAUUUUAUUUAUAUUAAAAGUCCAGAAUAGGCAAAUCCACAGAGAUAGAAAAUAGAUUGGUGAUUGCUAGGGGCUGAGGGAGGGGGAAGUAGGGAAUGAGUGCUAAUGGAUACGGAAUUUCUUUUGGGGAGUGAUGGGAAUGUUCUGGGAUUACAUAGUGGCAAUAAUUAUACAUCUCUAUGACUAUAUGAAAGAGUGUUCAAGUAUACACUUUAAAAGGGUGAACUUUAUAGUGUGUGAAUUGUAUCUCAAAAACUGGAUCUUGUUCUCUUUGAUCUACGAAUGUUAUACCUUAAUAAUAAUUUCUUUAACGUUGAAAAGUGAAGAUACCACUACUCUGUUGCUAUGCUCCUGGUUCUUAAGAAAAGUCACUGCCAAAAUGCCGCCUCCUCUAUGACAGCUCCCUCAUCCCUGCUCUGAGCUUCUUCAGCGUUUAGUCCUGACACCCUGCUAACUACCUAUCACUUGGAGAGCCUGGCUAUUCAGAGUGCAGCUGAGGACCAGCAUGCCUGCAUCUCUUGGAGGCUUUUUAGAUAUGCAGCACUUCAGCUCCCCAGGCCUGCUACAUCAGACUCUGCCUUUCAAAAAGAUUGCCAGGGAAUUCACAUGCAUAUUAAUGUUUGAGAAACACUGCUCUUGCAGGCUUUCCCCGACCUCCUCCUCCUCCAUCCACUGCCUACACCUGAAGGCUCUUUUUAUCUCUCCCCACCUGGUGUUCAUCAACAUUUGUGGAUCCAGUGCUAGUGGCCUAAGAACUAAAGUCAAUACCUACUCUAACACCAGGAUGCUGCUGCUGCUGCUAAGUCACUUCAGUCGUGUCCGACUCUGUGCGACCCCAUAGACGGCAGCCCACCAGGUUCUGCCAUCUCUGGGAUUCUCCAGGCAAGGACACUGGAGUGGGCUGCCAUUUCCUUCUCCAAUGCAUGAAAGUGAAAAGUGAAAGUGAAGUUGCUCAGUCGUGUCUGACUCUUAGCGACCCUGUGGACUGCAGCCCACCAGGCUCCUCUGUCCAUGAGAUUUUUCCAGGCAAGAGUACUGGAGUGGGGUGCCAUUGCCUUCUCUGAUAGUGUUCUCUAGUCAUGUUUAAAAUUCAGGAAUCAAGUGGAAGAGACUCACAGUGGUCAAAAUGGGAAGCAUCAAUAAGAAUAUUAACUGCAAUGAAUUGAAACACAUGUUUAAAAAUCCAUGAAUUCAUAGUAAUACUAAAAACUAAACUCUGUUUACUGUUGGAGGAUGGUAGGAAAGCAAUUCAUUGUUUUGAAAUGGUACAUGGAGGAAAGCAAACAAUUAUCUUGGGUGUGAAACAGUAGAUAAAUAGUAGUAUCUGAUUCUCUCAUUCUUCCUUUAUUUAUAAGCUAGAAUACUUCUAUGAAGGAGAAAGUGAUAGAGUCAGAUAUCACUAUUUUGAAACAGUAGAUCUUUCAAAAGAUUCAGGCAUUGACCAUCUGCAGCAUCUAAUAUGGAAAGAGACAGACGGCAUCACAUGCCUCCUGUUGGAAGAAUAGCCACCAUUGAAACCACACCUGAACAUUAUUAAGCUCUAGAUUACCGAUUUACAGGAAAAAUAUGGACAGAGAUCUUGUAAAAUUAUACCACAGAAAGGUUAGCAGCAAAAUCUAGAUUGUGGUCAAAUCUACAGAAUAAAGAACCCAGUGUCUUCAACAAACAAAUUACAAGAAAAAAAAAAAGAAAAAAGAUUAAAGCUGUUGAAAGUCAAAGCAACCAAUUUCAACAGAUGAACCUCAUUUGAACCCUGAUUCAAAUUGUAUUCCUAAAAAUCCAUUUAUGACCAGUUUUAGACAAUUGGGAAAUUUUAAAAAAAUAUUUGUUUUAUAUCAGAACACAGUUGAUUACAGGUGUAGAGCAAAGUGAUUUGUGAUUCAAUUAUACCCAUAGAAGUAGCCUUUUUUUUUUCAAAUUCUUUUCCCAUUUAGGUUAUUAUAGAAUCUUGAGCCAAGUUUCCUGUGCUAUAUAAUAGGUCCUUGUUAGUUAUCCUUUUAAAAUACAGUAGUGUGUACGUGUCAAUCCCAAACUCCCAAUCUAUCUGUCCUCGCUCCCCACUUUCCCCUCUGGUAACUGUAAGUUCCUCUCUAAGUCUGUGAGUGUUUCUGUUUUGUAGAUAAGUUCAUUUGUAUCUUUUUUUUAAUAUUUUGUAUAUCAACGGUAUCAUAUGAUAUUUAAGAGACAAGUGGGAAAUUUGAACACUAGGAAUUACUGGUUAUGAUACAAAAAGAGUUCUUUUUUUAUUUACUAAAACUUUUACAGAUGAAAUAGUAUAUCUGGGAUCUGCUUCAAAAUAAUAGAAGAUGGGCUAAAUGGAAGAGUGUGGGAAAUGGAACCAGUUUGGUUAUUUUUGGGGUUGGCAGA